AAAGAAGCUAAAAAUCAUGGCGAUUUAUUAAUGAUUAACUUGAAAGAGCAUCACAAGUCUUUAACCGAUAAAACUUUAUUGGGUAUGUAUUGGGCUAGUCAAAUUUGUCGGAGUCAAUUUUAUUAUAAAGGGGAUGAUGAUGUCUGGGUCAAUAAAUGGAGACUAUUUGACUUGAUAAUCAAGUUAAACGUGCGAAUUGAGUCAAAUAUCGAUCUGAGUUCUUGUUGGAUUGGUUUUGUCUCUUCAAUUAAUCAUGUACCAAUCCGUAAUAAAAAGAGUAAAUAUUACGUUUCCUACGAAGAUUUUAAUGGUGAGCGAUUUCCUCGAUUCUGUUCUGGAUUUGGUUAUUUUAUGUCAAGAGAAACUGCUAGUAAGGUUAUUACAUCUGUUCCAUAUGUUAAAAAAAUCCCUGGUAUUGACGAUGUCUAUAUC